AGCGCCCAGCGGUCGGUAAAUAUUUGACAGGCGGCAAUACAAGUGUCACGUUAAGAUUGUCAACUGACAACUCGCACUUCCCAGUCGGUCAUUGGACGAGAUAUAAUUUGAACGCGCGUUGUGCUGUAGACAUUUCCUGUUGGCUCACGCGCAAUUUGCAUUAAAUCGCGUUUAUUCAAUUACAAAAUAAUCGUGUGAUACUCCGGACCAUGAAGGAGGUGGUUACUGAACGGACAUCGUAAGUCAAAGCCCGUUGUUAUUUAAAAAAAAAGUGGACCGUCGUGAACGACUCCGGCUUCGAUUUGCAAACAUUUUGCAAAGUGUAAAUUUUCGCGUUGUUUUGUUUUGGGAGUUUAAUUUAUUUUGAUUUGUGAUAAACUGACAACUAUGAAGGAGUCUAAGAAGGAAGCCGAAACCUCUGACGACGAGUCGGGAUUGGGGUACCAGAAUACUUUGAUGUAUGGUCGCUAUCAACGCGACCUUAGUGAAGCAGCGAGAGAAGAGGCCAGAAGACUCAGAAGGUUAAGGAAAAGAAGACGGAAAGACGACAAACUCAGGCAGAAGGAGCUAGAAGCGACGGGCAAACAUCGACCUAGAGGGAAAUUUUUUAAGGUAUUAGGUUACGUGUGGAGGCAUACGUUCGCGCGGCUGGGAGAGGAUUGGGUGUUCCUGGCUCUGCUGGGCAUCAUCAUGGCCAUACUCAACUUUGCCAUGGACAAGGGGAUUGCUGUCUGCAAUAAUGCUCGAAUGUGGAUGUACAAAGAUUUAGCCACGUCUACUUUUAGUCAAUACGUAGCAUGGGUUUCUCUCCCAGUAUGUCUUAUCCUAUUUGCCGCUGGAUUUGUCCAUAUAGUGGCCGCUCAGAGUAUAGGUUCCGGUAUACCAGAAAUGAAGACAAUAUUAAGAGGAGUUCACCUGAAAGAAUAUCUGACAUUUCGUGCUUUAAUAUCAAAACUCAUUGGCCUCACUGCUACUCUAGGAUCUGGUCUGCCGCUUGGAAAAGAGGGUCCUUCAGUACACAUAGCAUCUAUGGUAGCCACUUUGCUCUCCAAACUCGUGACAACCUUCCAAGGUAUCUACAGCAAUGAAUCGCGAACUACUGAAAUGUUGGCAGCCGCUUGCGCUGUGGGCGUCGCUUCGUGUUUCGCCGCUCCAGUUGGAGGCGUUCUUUUCUCCAUCGAGGUAACGACCACAUACUUCGCAGUCCGGAACUAUUGGCGAGGAUUCUUCGCUGCUUGUUGCAGUGCUAUUAUGUUCCGGCUGCUGUCGGUGUGGUCGGGCGCCAUGCCGACGGUGAAGCCGCUAUUCCCGACCAACCUGCCGCAGGACUUCCCCUUCGACCCCCAGGAGUUCGCCGUGUUUGUGCUUCUAGGCAUCGUGUGUGGUCUCAUGGCCGCGCUGUGGGUGUUCCUACACCGCCAGUACGUGCUGUUCAUGCGGAACACCAAAGUGCUGAGCAACUUCCUGCAGAAGAACCGCUUCAUCUACCCGGGCUUCAUGACUCUGGCGGUGAUGUCGAUUCUGUUCCCGCCCGGUAUCGGCAAAUACAUGGCGGCCGACCUGGGCAACCAGGAGCAGGUGCUGUCGCUCUUCGCUAACUUCACGUGGUCGGACACGCUGUCGGCGGAGCAGGCCGCCAUUGUGGACCACUGGCGGACACCUGAAGUCGACCACUUCGGCUGUCUCGUCAUAUACUUCUUUUCUAUCUUUUUCCUGAGCAUGGUAGCGUGUACGCUGCCGGUACCGGCCGGUAUUUUCGUGCCGGCUUUCAAGAUGGGCGCGUCGCUUGGCAGGUUCACGGGAGAAGUCAUGCACUACUUCUGUCCACUGGGCGUGGCCUAUGGAGGGCAUAUACAGAAAAUUUUGCCAGGCGGGUACGCGACGGUGGGCGCGGCGGCGUUCACGGGCGCCGUGACGCACACGGUGUCCACCAUCGUCAUCUGCAUCGAGAUGACCGGACAGGUGACCCACUUGCUGCCCAUCAUGGCGGCGGUGCUGGCGGCAAACGCCACGGCAGCACUCCUGCAGCCUUCGUGCUUCGAUAGCAUCAUACUCAUCAAGAAACUGCCUUAUCUGCCGGAUCUGCUGUCGUCAGCCAGCCGCAUGUACGACAUCUGCGUGGAAGAUUUCAUGGUGCGUGACGUCAAGUACAUUUGGAAUAGGAUGACAUUCCAGCAGUUGAAGGACAUCCUCAAAGAGAAUAAGGCAAUCAAGAGCUUCCCACUAGUGGACAGCCCGGCGUCCAUGGUCCUGCUGGGCUCCAUCCACCGCUGGGAGCUGGUGCGGGGGAUCGAGCAGCAGGUGGGCCGCUCCCGGCGCCUGCAGGUGGCGGCGCUGUGGCAGCGGGAGGCGGAGGCGAGGCGGAGGGACGAGGAGAAACGUAGGACUCGGCGGCCUUCCAGAUUCGAGGUAACGCCAGCUCCGGACAUGCUACAGGUCCCCGGCAGUGGGAUGACCCGGGGCAGCUCACUGACCACGCAAGACCAGGGCGGGCUCAUACCAGCCCCAGGCCAACUGUUCCGUCCGAAGUCUAUCCUGAAAAAGACCAACUCGUUCACCCUCACGCGCGGGUUGGUGUCGCCCGGCAGCGGGCCCCAGACCCCCGUGGCGCUGCACCCUUCGGUGUACACCACCGUCACCGGCGCGGAGACCAGGAUACGUGCAGCAUUCGAAGCCAUCUUCAAGCGCUCGACUCUGCUGCCCGACGUGGAGAGCGGCCUCACUGAGCAGUUGGGCGGCUUGCCUCGGAGCCCCUCCAUCAAUAAGAAGGUGCAAUUGCCGCGCGAGCGUGUAUGCGACAUGUCGCCUGAAGACCAAAAGGCGUGGGAGCAACUCGAAAUGGCCAAAGAGAUCGACUUCGACCGGAUGCUGCAAAUCGCGAGAAAACGAGAAUUACUACACGAUGAUUCGGAGUACGAAGACGAAACAUUAUACAUCUGUCACAUCGACCCCGCGCCCUUCCAGCUAGUCGAGCGAACAUCACUACUCAAGGUACAUUCGCUAUUCUCCACGCUGGGGGUGAGCCGUGCCUACGUGACCGCCAUAGGAAGACUUAUUGGGGUGGUGUCUCUGAAAGAGCUGCGCAAAGCUAUAGAGGACGUGAACUCCGGAGCCCUGACUCCGCUGACGCGGCCGGAGCCCCCGUCGCUGCCGUCGCCCAUGCUCAUCAAGGUGCCGCGCUCCGAGCCCGCGCCGCCGUCCGAGAAGGACACAGACAAACUCACCACCCACUGA